CGAGGCUGUGAGGAGUGCUGGUCGCGUGAGGAGCCGCGGCUCCUCUUCAGGUGUAACGGGCAGCGGCGGCCGGGCUGAGGCGUAGCGGCGGCCACGAUCGCCCGAGCUGUCGAGCGCGGGCACCAUGGAUCGCCCGGAUGAAGGGCCUCCGGCCAAGACUCGCCGACUGAGCAGCUCGGAGCAUCCUCAGAGCGAUCCGCCGCCGCCGCCGCCCCCGCCGCUCCUGCGACUGCCCCUGCCUCCACCUCAGCAGCGCCCGAGGCUCCGGGAGGAAACCGAGGCAGCACAGGUGUUGGCCGACAUGAGGGGGGUGGGAGUGGGCCCUCUGCCUCCGCCGCCGCCCUAUGUCAUUCUAGAGGAGGGUGGGAUCCGCGCGUAUUUCACCCUGGGCGCAGGGGGUCCGGGCUGGGAGUCGGCGAUGGAGUCGGGGUAUGGGGGCUCGACCCCUCCCACCGGGAACCUGGAAGCGCUUUCUCCUGAGGCUUCUGGGGGAGGCCUGGAAAUUGAUUUUCAGGUUCUGGAGCCCAGCAGCUUUGCGGAAGAGAAGGUCCUAGAAACCUGUAGCACAGGGGAAUGGGGCCCCCAGAUGUUGGCUGAUCCAGAGGGGGCAGUCAUCCUAGUGGAAGACGCUGAUGAGGAUGAAAAGAGUGUGAGGAAGAGGAGGAGGAGGAGGAGGAGGAAGCAGAGGAAGGUGAAGAAGGAAAACAAAGAGAAGAAUGCUGAGAAGAUAGAGUGUAUCCUGCGGGCGCUGGAGAACAUUCAGCUGGACCUGGAGGCGGUGAACAUCAAGGCGGGCAAGGCCUUCCUCCGCCUUAAGCGCAAAUUCAUCCAGAUGCGAAGACCCUUCUUGGAGCGCAGAGACCUCAUCAUCCAGCAUAUCCCAGGCUUCUGGGUCAAAGCAUUCCUCAACCACCCCAAAAUUUCAAUCUUGAUCAACCAACGUGAUGAAGACAUUUUCCGCUACUUGACCAAUCUGCAGGUACAGGAUCUAAGACAUAUCUCCAUGGGCUAUAAAAUGAAGCUGUACUUCCAGACAAACCCCUACUUCACAAACAUGGUGAUUGUCAAGGAGUUCCAGCGCAACCGCUCUGGUCGGCUGGUGUCUCACUCCACACCAAUUCGCUGGCACCGGGGCCAGGAACCCCAGGCCCAAAAGCACAGGAACCAGGAUAUCAGUCACAGCUUCUUCAGCUGGUUCUCAAACCACAGCCUUCCAGAGGCUGAUAGGAUUGCUGAGAUUAUCAAGAAUGACCUGUGGGUUAACCCUUUGCGCUACUACAUGAUGGGCGAAGGGGGCUACAGGACAAACAGAAAGAAGCAAGAAAAGGAAAGAAGUAAAAACAGGGACGGAUAUGAGGUGGUGAUCCUGGAAGACUAUGAUGACUAUCACAUAAUGGAAGACAUUAUUGGUGAGACCUCAGACAGUGAUGCUAUCACCGACUUUGAGACCAUUCAUGACAUCAAGAUCUCUGACUUCAUGGAGACCACUGAUUGCUUUGAGACCAGUGACAAUGAGAUAACUGACAUUAAUGAGAGUCUAUGUGACAGUGAAAGCCCUGAUCACAAUGAGAACCCCAACAACGAGACCACUGACAACAGUGACAGCCCUGAUGACAAUGAAACCAUUGAUAACAGCGAGAGCUCUGACGACAAUGAAACUACCCGCAGCAAUGAGAGUGCCAAUGACGAGAAUCAUGGAGACAACAAUGAAAACCCUGAUGACAACAGUGAGAACCCUGAAGACAACAACACUGAUGACAAUGAAGAAAACCCUGAUGACAGUGAUGAGAACUCAGAUGAUGAAGAGAAUGCUGAUGGUGAAGAUGAGAAUCACAAAGGUGGCAACAAUCAAGACAGCAGUGACAGUGACAAUGAAGGUGACAACGAGGGCAGUGAUGAUGAAGACAAUGACGGCAAUGAAGGUGACAAUGAAGGUAGUGAUGAUGAUGGCAAUGAAGGUGACAAUGAAGGCAGUGAUGAUGAUGACAGAGACAUAGAAGACUACGAGAAUGACAUUGAAGACCCUAACAAGGACAGGGAGAACAGCAACAACCAAAAUAACUAUGAGGACGAAGUAGAGAAUAUCUCUGAAGAAGAAUCAUCAGUGGAAGAAGAGGAGGAGCAGGGCAGUGAGGAAGACAGUGAUCAAGAAGGUGAGGGCAGCAAUGAAGAGGAGGAGGAAGCAAGCAAUGAGGAGGAUGUAAUAGAUGAGGAGGACGGAUUUGAAGAAGAUUCAGAAGGGGAAGACUCUGAUAUGGAGGAGGUGCUUCUGGUCCAACAUGCAUGGGCCAACCCAGGGAAGAGGGGCAACACUGGAUAAAUGGCUUACCAUUGCAAGGGGUGCCUCUCUAUAUCCCACUCCCUCUGCCCCAUUUACCCUCCCCCUCAGCUAGGGCCAUGCGGCCUCACAUUGCACUUCUGGGGGGUUAACCGACUUCAUACACGGGUUUAAAGUUUAUUUUUAUGGUUUAGUAAUUGCAGAGUUCUUAUUUUUGGGGGGGAGGGGAAGGGGAAUUACCCCUUCCUUUUGGCCCUCCUCCCCUGCAGGCUUCUGUGUGCUGCUAAACGUAUUUAUUGUGAUGCCUUGGUCAGGGCUCCCUCUAUCCCCCUCCUCAUGCUGUAUGGAGUGGACACCCUUGAUCCCCGAAGCGGGGAGGGCCGCUGUGGCCUUGGGGGGGGCUCUGUUGCCACCCUGUUCUCCCAAGUCUUACUCUUUUCCUCCAUCCCUCAUCUUUCCUUGCUGUGCCCGCUAGCUCGCCUCAGUGUCUAUGCAAGGCCGCUUUGCCUUUGCGGUGUUCCUGUACCCCUCCCCCAGAAGUCCCUCCUUGCUCCCAGUGAGACUAGUUAAUCCUAAUAAAGGUCAGAGCAAAUUCAAAGUGCUGUUUAAGUC